AUGAGCGACUUGCAGCCAACACUCAAUAGCCUCCUGGCCUGCUACCCAGCCAAGCAGUCAAAGGCCGUUGUAGCCCAGUUCGUACAUCGACUGGCGCUUUGCAAGGCUUGGGGCAUAGCCCAAGGUCCCGACAGGCUCCUUGACAUUGGCUGUGGUCAGGGCGAAUGCAGCCUUGUGUUGGCUUCUGUCGUCGGCCCAACAGGGCAUGUCACGGGCACUGACGUUGCACCGCCUGAUUAUGGCGCCCCAUUCACCGUUGGCCAAUGCCAGGAGCAUAUCCUACACUCUGCUCUAGGAUCUCGAAUCAGCUUCAAACGCGGGGAGGUCGAAGCGGCCCUGUUUCCGGCGGAUGGCGCUGGUGACACGCGUGCCUCUGGCGCGCCGUUUGACGCAGCGAUCCUGUGCCACAGUCUCUGGUACUUUGACUCUGCUGAGGACAUACGUCGCAUAUUUUCCCUGUUGGCCAAGGCCAGCGUGCCCCGUAUCUACAUCGCAGAGUGGAAGGGCGAGGCGACACACGUCCAGCAGGAGCCGCAUAGCCUCGCAGCCCGCGCGCAGGCAUUUUUGCACUCACAGAAGCCCCCGAAGAGGCCCCUGGCGGUGUUUGAACCCAAUGUGCGCGCUGCGUUUUCUGCAGCGGAUAUCUUGCACAUGGCCGAGGCCGAGGGCUGGCGAACGGCAAGGAAGGGCGCCGUCCCAGCUCCGAAGGACAUGUUGGACGGGCAUUGGGAAGCCCAGUACGUGAUCUCUGACGCAUUUAGGAAGGCUAUUGAGGCAGAGGGACUCUCAGACGAAGCCAAUGAGAAGUUGGACAUGUACAUUGAGAUGGCGAAGCACGCCACUGAAGUUGUGGAGCGCAGCUCCUUCAAGAAGGUCGAAAGCAUGGAUGUCACCUGGGCAGUCUUGCAGUUGACUACCUGA